CGAUUGUGUGUGUUGUCGAAACUUGAUAGGGUUUAGUGAAGAAAAGACUGAAACUUUAAUCAAAUUUGUUAUUUUUUGUUCUAAUGAUUCAAGAUCUGGUUCUCUAUUCUAAUGAUUUACUUAACUCAAAUUAGCUUAUGCUGUGUUGUUAGUCUGUGAAUCUCUUUAUCUCUAUUAGUGCAGUGAUGCGUGUUUGUUUCUCUGUCUCAGUAUCAUUUGAGCAUCAAGUUUUGUCAAUGAUUAUGCGCCAAAGGGGAGUCAUAUUCUCAUCAAAGAUGGAUUCGGGAUUACGCCUCUGUAUGUAUGUAUGGUCGAAGUAGGCAAAAUCUCACCUUUCUAGCAGAUCAACAAUGAAUUUUGUGGAAUAGAUGUUGGAUUUGUAAGGUUUUGGUGUUUGCAAGUGUUGAGAUGCGCAAGAUUUGAGUAAGAUUUUUCCUACUCCGCCCAUACCAUACAUACACCUAAUCCUGAGUCCAUCUCUGAUGGGUUACUACUGGAGUCCAAAACUAAUAAAGCCUCUGCUUUAGGGAGAUCAAUCUUGCUGUUCUUAAGCCACCAUACGGUUGGGUUUCAUGCUUCAGUUCUUGGUUGGGAAAGCCAUGACUCUCGUGUUCCAAAGCCAUUAGUUCAGAUGCUUUUGCAGAAAACUUUAUUAUAUUCAAAAUAUAAAGGAGAAUCUCACUUCUUUGGAGGAAGCCAUGGAAGAUCUCAAGGCAUUGAGAGAUGAUCUGCUACGUAAGGUGCAGACAGCAGAAGAAGGAGGUCUACAAAGGCUUCAUCAAAUCAAGGUAUGGCUUAAGAGAGUCAAGACUAUCGAAUCCCAAUUCAAUGAUCUAGAUAGUAGUAGAACUGUUGAACUUCAAAGGUUGUGUUGUUGUGGUGUUGGCUCGAGAAACUUAAGAUUGAGCUAUGACUAUGGAAGAAGGGUCUUCUUGAUGUUGAAUAUAGUUGAAGACUUAAAAUCUAAAGGGAUUUUUGAAGAGGUGGCUCAUCCAGCUACGAGAGCUGUGGGGGAGGAAAGGCCUCUACAACCAACGAUUGUUGGUCAGGAAACAAUUUUAGAAAAGGCAUGGGACCACCUCAUGGAUGAUGGAACUAAGAUUAUGGGUCUCUAUGGCAUGGGUGGAGUAGGAAAAACAACCCUUCUCACUCAGAUCAACAAUAGGUUUUGUGACACCGAUGAUGGCGUUGAAAUUGUCAUUUGGGUUGUGGUAUCUGGUGAUCUACAAAUCCACAAGAUACAAAAAGAGAUUGGCGAAAAAAUAGGAUUUAUAGGCGUGGAAUGGAACCAGAAAAGUGAAAACCAAAAGGCAGUCGAUAUACUCAAUUUUCUAAGCAAAAAGAGAUUUGUGUUGCUUUUGGAUGACAUAUGGAAGAGGGUGGAACUAACUGAGAUUGGAAUCCCGAAUCCAACAAGUGAAAACGGAUGCAAAAUAGCAUUCACCACUCGCUGUCAAAGUGUUUGUGCGAGCAUGGGAGUUCAUGAUCCGAUGGAAGUCCGGUGUUUAGGUGCAGAUGAUGCGUGGGAUUUGUUCAAGAAAAAAGUUGGAGAUAUCACAUUAAGCAGCCACCCUGACAUUCCCGAAAUCGCAAGAAAAGUUGCUCAAGCAUGUUGUGGUUUGCCGCUAGCGCUAAACGUCAUUGGAGAGACAAUGGCAUGUAAGAAGACAACGCAAGAAUGGGAUCGUGCAGUAGAUGUCUCAACAACAUAUGCUGCAAAUUUUGGUGCUGUAAAGGAGAGGAUUCUUCCUAUUUUGAAGUACAGCUAUGAUAAUCUGGAAAGUGAGAGUGUUAAAACUUGUUUCCUAUAUUGCUCUCUGUUUCCCGAAGAUGAUUUAAUAGAAAAAGAGAGGCUGAUAGAUUAUUGGAUAUGCGAGGGAUUCAUUGAUGGAGAUGAAAAUAAAAAAGGAGCGGUGGGUGAAGGCUAUGAGAUACUCGGUACUCUUGUUUGUGCCUCUUUGUUGGUGGAGGGAGGAAAGUUCAACAAUAAGUCAUAUGUGAAAAUGCAUGAUGUGGUACGUGAGAUGGCCCUGUGGAUAGCAUCUGACCUAAGGAAGCAUAAAGAUAAUUGUAUUGUUCGAGCCGGUUUUAGGUUAAACGAAAUACCAAAGGUCAAGGAUUGGAAAGUUGUGAGUAGGAUGUCACUGGUGAAUAACAGGAUUAAAGAGAUACAUGGCAGUCCUGAGUGUCCUAAACUUACAACUUUGUUCCUGCAGGAUAACCGCCAUCUGGUAAAUAUCUCCGGGGAAUUCUUCAGGUCUAUGCCAAGGCUAGUUGUUUUGGAUCUAUCAUGGAAUGUCAAUCUCAGUGGGUUACCGGAUCAAAUAUCAGAGUUGGUUUCAUUACGAUAUCUUGACUUGUCAUAUUCGAGCAUAGGGAGAUUGCCAGUUGGUUUAUUAAAGUUGAAAAAGCUGAUGCAUCUGAAUCUAGAGUCAAUGUUGUGCCUUGAGAGUGUUUCAGGGAUUGAUCAUUUGUCGAAUCUGAAGACGGUGAGGCUACUAAAUUUAAGAAUGUGGCUAACUAUAAGCUUACUGGAGGAGCUGGAACGUUUGGAGAAUUUAGAAGUUCUAACCAUAGAGAUCAUAUCAAGUUCAGCAUUGGAACAACUGUUAUGCUCUCACAGGUUGGUGAGAUGUCUUCAAAAGGUAUCUGUUAAAUACCUCGACGAAGAAUCAGUCAGAAUAUUGACUUUGCCAUCUAUAGGUGAUCUCCGGGAAGUCUUCAUAGGGGGAUGUGGAAUGCGGGAUAUAAUUAUAGAAAGGAACACAAGUCUGACAAGCCCAUGCUUUCCAAAUCUAUCCAAAGUUUUGAUAACUGGUUGCAAUGGUCUUAAGGAUUUGACGUGGUUGUUGUUUGCUCCUAACCUCACUCAUCUCAAUGUUUGGAACUCACGCCAAAUAGAAGAAAUAAUAAGCCAAGAGAAAGCUUCCACAGCUGAUAUUGUUCCUUUUCGGAAACUAGAAUAUCUGCACUUGUGGGAUUUACCUGAACUGAAGAGCAUAUAUUGGAAUCCUUUGCCUUUUCCAUGUCUGAAUCAGAUCAAUGUACAAAAUAAGUGUCGAAAGCUGACAAAGCUUCCAUUGGAUUCUCAAAGUUGCAUUGUGGCGGGUGAAGAACUUGUCAUACAAUAUGGAGAUGAAGAAUGGAAGGAAAGGGUCGAGUGGGAGGACAAAGCCACAAGACUCCGUUUCUUACCGUCAUGCAAGUUGGUUUUGUGUAAUCGAUAAAUGAAAGCAGGUGUGAAUAAAUUUCUGAUAAAACUUGUAUGGUCUCAACGGUCAUGUUGUUAUGCUGCCUCAUUAUCAUUCCUUUCCUUUUUCUACUCUUUUUGCAAGAACUUUCUACUUCCUCUACCACUCUCUUGUUUUGUUAUGUUUUGGAGUGUUCUUUAGAUUGUAUUUGUAUGACCUUCAUCUCCCUGUGCAUCAAACAACUGAAUCUUCUUUUCCUCUCAUUUCUCAAUGCAUAGCCAUAACUAUCGUGUUUCAGUUCCGUUAGAUCAGGUUCUUGUGCUGCUUGGGAAUUUCCAAAGUGAAGUUGAUAUAGGAGCACAAAUGGAGUUGCCAUGGAGGUUGAGGUAAUUUGUAGCUCGAAUGCAUCUGAUCAUGCAGUUAGUAUAGAUAAUCUGUGGAUAUUUUGCAAUAUUCGUAGGGAAAAG